AUGUCACGCGUGUAUCUGCCAAAAAUUCCUGUAGUGACAACACCUGUCUUUCAGCGAUCGCACACGACAUGUUCAUCAAUUUAUGGCCCUUACCCACCGAAAGAACUAUCAGCAACUUCCCUAGAUGUGACCAAAGUACCACCUCAUGUCAACCCACUGCGACCUCCACCUCCACGAAAACGCAUCAACAUGCACUGGGAGACGAGUGAUCAACAUUUAGAAAAUGAACGACGCGUUAUAUGGCUCAGUCAAAGAGAGCACAGUCGAUUUCACACAGCGUGGAUGAAACCCUUUUACGGAGAACCAGCAGAACGCGAGGCUUACAGGAAACAUUUCCGAGAUGUGCUUAAAGCUCAAAUGGAUGAUCGAGACAUGAUCCGUCGUCGCUACCUGAAAGAAAGAGUGCAGGAAAGUGAUGAUGCACGCAAGUAUGAUAUCCAAUGUCUAGAAGAUGACGUCCGCAAAACGAAGGAGAAACGAUUCUAUCUUAGGAAAUUCAUGGACGAAAACAAAACUAUCAUGGAAGAAAAGUGGAAGAAAUUGCAGGCUGAUAAAUGCUCUCAACAAAGACGAGAAAGGGAACUACUACGAUACAAUCCCAUCAAUUGGAGUGGCACUCUUAGUUAA